UUCCUGAUGUAGAAACUCAUGGAAUAACUAUCAUUGAUCAAAUAGGAAAUGUUUUACUUACCCCUCCAACUAAACCAUUUAAAGAUGUUUAUGAAAUCGCAAAAAUAUUUCGUGGUCUAUCAUCAAUUGUCAUUUAUCGUAAUAGACUUAGAGAUGUUUUAUUAGAAGGUGUACCAGUUCAAUGGAAUAAAAAAUGUAUUAAAUAUGUAGAGACUCAAGAAGGAGUUUGGGUAUUUUUUGAAGAUGGUUCACAAGAAUUUUGUAAUAUUUUAGUUGGCGCAGAUGGAAUUAAUUCUCCAAUUAAGUAGUUAUGAAAACAAAAAUUACCUGAAUUACAAAUCGUUGAUUAUGGAAUAACCCAUGUUAGUGCGGAUGUUACCAUACCUCAACAUCUUAUGGACAAGGCAAAUAAAAUCCAUGGAAACUUAUUGGUCCAUAAAACUCUUGGAACAAAAGGAGAUUCAACGCUUAUAUUGACACGCUUAAUACCAAUCAAACAAG